GGUGAGGCGGGCGGCCGGGGUCCCACGGCGGAAGUGAGGACGGCGGCGGGGGCGGAGGCUGCGGGCUGGGGGCUGGGAUUCCCUUCCCGCCAGGCGCCGCCCGGGAGAGCCCGCGCGAAGACCCCCGGCGCGCUGCGCCCGCCCUUUUUUGGCGCUGAGAGAAAGGAGAAGGGCAGGGCCGCCGCCUCGCGGGAGCAGGCGCCGGGAGGAGGGGCCGCCGGAGAGGCCGGGCGAGCGCGGGCGGCCCUCACCUCGCUGCUCCUCCCGGGCCGCCAUCCCUCGGCGUCCCACCCGGAACUGGCGCGCGCGUGGGGGCGGGGAGGCCGGCGCGCAGAUCUGGCUGUGAGCGCCGCCGCCCCGGGACCCCCAGCCAUGUCCGCCGAGGAGAUGGUGCAGAUCCGCCUGGAGGACCGCUGCUACCCGGUGAGCAAGAGGAAGCUCAUCGAGCAGAGCGAUUACUUCCGCGCCCUCUACCGCUCCGGCAUGCGCGAGGCCCUGAGCCAGGAGGCCGGCGGCCCGGAGGUGCAGCAGCUGCGCGGCCUCAGCGCGCCAGGCCUGCGGCUGGUCCUGGACUUCAUCAACGCCGGCGGGGCCCGCGAAGGCUGGCUUCUGGGCCCGCGCGGGGAGAAGGGCGGCGGGGUGGACGAGGACGAGGAGAUGGACGAGGUGAGCCUGCUGUCCGAGCUGGUGGAGGCGGCCUCCUUCCUGCAGGUCACGUCCCUGCUGCAGCUGCUGCUGUCCCAGGUGCGGCUUAACAACUGCCUGGAGAUGUACCGCCUGGCGCAGGUGUACGGGCUGCCCGACCUGCAGGAGGCCUGCCUGCGCUUCAUGGUCGUCCACUUCCACGAGGUGCUGUGCAAGCCCCAGUUCCACCUCCUGGGAUCUCCUCCCCAAGCCCCAGGGGAUGUCAGCCUGAAGCAGAGGCUGAGAGACGCCCGGAUGACUGGGACUCCUGUCCUGGUGGCCCUUGGGGACUUCCUGGGGGGACCCCUGGCUCCUCACCCCUACCAGGGGGAGCCUCCGUCCAUGCUCAGGUACGAGGAAAUGACUGAGCGUUGGUUCCCGUUGGCCAACAACCUUCCUCCCGACCUGGUCAAUGUCAGGGGCUAUGGGUCUGCCAUCCUGGACAACUACCUCUUCAUAGUGGGUGGGUACAGGAUCACCAGCCAGGAGAUCUCCGCUGCGCAUUCCUACAACCCCAGCACCAACGAAUGGCUCCAGGUGGCCUCCAUGAACCAGAAGAGGUCUAACUUCAAACUUGUGGCUGUUAAUUCAAAACUCUAUGCCAUUGGAGGGCAGGCCGUUUCUAACGUUGAGUGUUACAACCCUGAGCAAGAUGCUUGGAAUUUUGUGGCACCCUUACCCAAUCCUCUGGCUGAGUUCUCUGCCUGUGAGUGCAAGGGAAAAAUUUAUGUCAUUGGAGGAUACACUACCAGAGACCGGAACAUGAACAUUUUGCAGUACUGCCCCUCUUCCGACAUCUGGACCCUCUUUGAAACAUGUGACGUCCACAUUCGCAAGCAGCAGAUGGUGUCUGUGGAAGAAACCAUCUACAUCGUGGGGGGGUGUCUCCACGAGCUGGGGCCCAACCGCAGGAGCAGCCAGAGCGAGGACAUGCUCACUGUGCAGUCCUACAACACCGUCACCCGGCAGUGGCUCUACCUCAAGGAGAACACGUCCAAAUCGGGUCUUAACUUGACUUGUGCGCUCCAUAACGACGGCAUCUACAUCAUGAGCAGAGACGUCACCCUGUCGACCAGCUUGGAACACCGAGUGUUCCUCAAGUACAACAUCUUUUCAGAUAGUUGGGAAGCAUUUCGGCGUUUUCCAGCUUUUGGACAUAACUUGCUGGUGUCUUCUCUUUAUCUGCCCAAUAAAACAGAAACAUGACUGAAUUGAAUUCCUAGAUGAAAGAAAACUGGUUCAAGAUUUUUUUUAAAAAUGUAGUGUCCCAUCGCAAGGGAGACUGAUUCCUAAAGGGUAGAGAAGGGUUAAAAUAAGUCACAUAUAUACAGUAGCAGCUGUAAAUAAGCUUACUUGAACUACUUACUUGAAAACUUGUGGAAAAAAGAGACCAACUUUGUUAUUUUUUAAAUUAUUGAUUUUUAAAUUAUGGGAGCAAAUCCAUCUCCAGACAUAAUACUCUUGGGCCAAUGACGGAUCAUCAAAAUGUAGAUUCAUUGUGACUGCAUGGUAAAGGGCCAAAGUCAAUAAUUGGAACAAAUGGUAAAGAUGAUUUUUAAAAUCUGUUGUAUUUAGGUCCCUUUACAUAUCAUUAGCACCUUAUGUGAGAGAUUUUCUUUUUCUUGCCAGUGUACUUGAUAAGCAUUCAUAUUAACAUACUCAUUCCCUCUUCUCCAUCAAGCAUACCCACGCAUACAUCUAGUAUGUUUAAAAUAGGGUUCUGUGUUCAGAUAUUUUGUUUGCACACUACUCUUUAGGAAACUUACAAUGAUGGAUCCCUACAGUGAAUCCUUGCCAGUGUUCAGUCCUCCUCAAAACUUGCAUAAAAACAUUCUCAGCUAUUUUUCAAGCCGCCUUUGCAGGUACAAAUGCUGGAUUAAUAGAUUAAUAUAACCUCUUAUUUUAUUUAUGUGGCAGAUUACAUAUUUAUGUGGUCACAUAGGUUGCAUUGCUAGGUGUUCUGUAUUGUUUUAAAGAGGAUAUAUUUAGAAAAAUGAAUAUAUGAAUAUUUUUUAAAAUUGAGUUAAAUUUAAAUGGGAAGGGAAGAAAACACCAAAUAAGACAAAAAUUUGCCUUUGAGAGUUACUUUUAUUGAAUGUAUUUGACUUAGUUCUUAUUUUAAGGCGUAAAAAAAGUUUAUCAUAUUUAAGUCAGGCAACUAAUUUAAUCUUAGCUUUGUAAUUCAUGUUUUGCUUUUGUGGACUAAGGUAAGGACAGCAUUUAAACAUUUGUGCUGGAGUAAGAGGAGGAAGCCCUUAAAGAAGUGGAAUGGCUUCUGGUAGUAUUUCUGAAGUUGGGUGAAGUGCUUUACUUGUCUUGGUUGUUAAUUGAAAUAGAAUUCAGCUCAAGCAGCUGUUUUCACUGAGGGAGUUAACAGUAAAAGUUUCUGCCAAUCA